AUGGACGUCGCGUCCCUCCAACAAUGCGCCGGGCGGACGGCAGCCGCGCCGCCGCACCCGCUGGAUCCAUUGUCGUCCCCGGAGGUCGCCGCCGCCGCAGCCGCCUGCCGAGCGCACGCGGCCGCCGCCGCGCCGCGCCUCCCGCCGCUGCGGUUCAACACAAUCACCCUGCAGGAGCCCCCAAAGGCCGACCUGCUGCGUUUCACCAACGGCCGCGGCCCGCGGCCGCCGCGGCGCGCGUUCUGCAUACUCCAGACGCCGCCGAUAUUUGGGGUGAUUGAGGCGACAAUUGACCUGUCACACUUCCAUGCUGCCGGCGCGGCCGCGGCGGCGGUCGUCUCAUGGGUUGCGAUCGACGGCAAUGACAUGGGCGGGCAGCCCCUGGCCACCCCGGACGACUGCCUUGAGGCGGAGCGCAUCGCGCGCGCCAGCCCCAGGGUGCAGGCAGUGCUGGCAGAGCGCGGCGUCAGCAUGGACCAGGUGGCCUGCGACCCCUGGGCCAUCCACGCUGGGAAGUGGAAGGGGCGCAUGAUGCAGGUCUUCACCUACCUGAAGCUCGGCCCCGAUGACAAUGAGUACGCGCGCCCCCUGGACGUGGUGCCGGUGGUGGACCUCAAUACGGGGCAGGUGGUGGAUAUUGAGGCGUACCCCGAGGCCCCGAAAAACAUCCCCACAGCAGGCGGCAACUACCACCGGGAUUUGGUGGAGCAGCCCUUCAGGGAGGCCCCCAAACCGCUGUAUGUGGUGCAACCAGAGGGCCCCAGCUUCAAGGUGGAUGGCUGGAGGGUGGAGUGGCAGCAGUGGGACCUGCGGCUAGGAUUCAACGGCAGGGAGGGCCUCGUCCUAUAUGACGUGGGCUACACAGAUCCCCAGGAGGGCGGCCGCCGGCGCCCCGUCGUAUUCCGCGCCUCGAUCGUGGAGAUGGCCGUGCCCUACGCAGACCCGUCGUCGCCUUACAACCGCAAGUGCGCGUUCGACGCCGGCGACUACGGCCUGGGCUUCGCGGCCAACAGCCUGAAGCUGGGGUGCGACUGCCUGGGGGUGGUCCAGUACUUUGACGCCGUGGUCAACAACGCCCAGGGGGAGCCGGUGGUGAUCCCCAGCGCCGUCUGCCUGCACGAGGAGGACGCAGGGCUGCUCUGGAAGCACGUGGACUACCGCACUGGUUACUCCGAGGACCGCCGCGCCAGGCGUCUCGUGAUCUCGUUCAUCAUGACCGCGGUCAACUACGAGUACUGCUUCUACUGGUACCUGCAUCAGGACGGCACCAUCUCUCACGAGAUCAAGCUGACGGGCAUCCUUUCGACUUCCCUACUGAUGCCUGGGGAGGGCGACAAGUCAAGGUAUGGCACCAUGGUGGCGGAGGGCGUCAACGCAGCCGCCCACCAGCACAUUUUCAGCGCGCGCCUGGACAUGGCGGUCGACGACGAGGACGGCGGCAGGGGGCUGGUGGUCAGCGAGCUCAACGCGGUGCGCCACCCCAGCCACCCGCUGACCAACCCGGCCGGCAACGCCUUCACAGAGUCUGAGACAGACCUCAUAACGGUCCACGCCGCGCGGCGUCAGUCCAGUGCCGCGGACGCGCGCGUGUGGCGCGUCAAGAACCCGGCCCGCCCCCACCCCUUCACCCGCAAACCGGUGGCCUACCAUUUAUACACCCCCGGGGGCCCGGUGCUGCUGGCAGCCGAGGACAGCGUGGUGGCGCGGCGCGGCAAGUUCACCACCGCCACCCUGCACGUCACGCCCUACAAGGACGGCCAGCUGUGA